AAACAUAUCGGCGCCUGAUCCUCUUCUCUUUCGACUGUCUCCUGAUUAUUAUUAAAAAAAAAGAAAGAAAGAAAGAAAAGAAACAAAUGGCCAGAAUAGCUGCAGUAGCUACUGCUUGCUCUCACUUCAUUCCAUCCAAGCUCGCCAUUACUACUAAUACUACUCUUCUACUCUCCAAACCGUCUCUUCAACUCCAAUGGUCGCUACAUUCGAACUCUCUAUUCUUCAAGAGGAGGCUGUCGUCGACGGCGAGAAUAGCUAUGAGCCUGAAAGCCGGCAUCGUCGGCCUCCCCAAUGUCGGCAAAUCCACUCUCUUCAACUCCGUCGUUGAGAAUGGAAAGGCUCAGGCUGCCAAUUUCCCAUUCUGCACAAUUGAACCUAAUGUUGGGAAAGUAGCUGUUCCUGAUCCACGUCUUCAUGUUCUUUCUCAUCUUAGCAAAUCCCAGCGAGCCGUUCCCACAUCUAUUGAGUUUGUUGAUAUUGCUGGCCUUGUCAAGGGAGCCAGUCAAGGGGAGGGUUUGGGUAAUAAGUUCUUAUCACACAUUCGUGAAGUGGAUUCCAUACUUCAGGUUGUUCGCUGUUUUGAGGAUAAUGAUGUUGUUCAUGUGAAUGGGAAAGUUGACCCAAUGUCAGAUGUUGAUGUCAUCAACUUGGAGUUGGUUUUCUCGGAUUUGGAUCAGAUUGAGAAGAGAAUGGAGAAACUCAAAAAAGGGAAAGCUAAGGAUUCACAAUCCAAAGUUAAGGAAGAAGCAGAGAAGUCUGCUCUGGAAAAAAUUCAGCAGGCACUAUUGGAUGGAAAACCUGCACGAUCAGUUUCUUUAACAGAUUUUGAAAAAGAUGCUGUAAAGCAUCUUUGUUUGCUUACGAUGAAACCAGUCAUAUAUGUUGCUAAUGUAGCUGAAUCCGAUCUAUCUGCGCCAGAAAGUAACCCUUAUGUUGCAGAAGUGAAGAAAUUGGCUUCUGAGUUGCAGUCUGGGCUAGUAACUGUUUCAGCACAGGUUGAAUCAGAGCUUACAGAGCUUCCACUUGAAGAAAGGACGGAGUAUUUAGCAUCACUUGGUGUCAAGGAAAGUGGCUUAGGAAAUCUUAUUAGGGAGACCUAUGGACUUUUGGGUUUGCGUACGUACUUCACAUCAGGUGAAAAGGAAACCAAAGCAUGGACCAUACAAUCAGGAAUGACUGCACCCCAAGCUGCUGGGGUUAUUCAUUCUGACUUUGAGAAGGGUUUCAUAAGAGCUGAAACGGUUGGUUAUGAUGAUUUUGUUGCUGUCGGUUCUUUUGGAGCUGCAAGAGAGAAGGGUCUUCUGAGACUAGAAGGGAAAGAUUAUAUUGUACAAGAAGGGGAUGUCAUGUUGUUCAGGUUCAAUGUCUGAACGGUAUACUAAUCAGAUUCUGGAACUGCAUUUUUUUUUUUUUUGGAAUCCUCACGAAUGAUGCAUGCAAUAGUUCAAGAAUACAAUUAUGUGGGAUGGACUAUUGUUGUGUUAGAGAUAGACAUGUGAACUCCUGGUAAGUUAUACACUUACAAUUUUGGUCGAGGAGAAAGAUCCAUGGUAC